AUGUAUUCAUUGGCUUUAACUGGAAACAUCCUCAUUGUCAUCGUGACUUCCAUGGAUGAUAGUCUCAACUCUCCCAUGUAUUUCUUCCUGAAGCAUCUCUCUUUUUUGGAUAUCUGUUCUAUUUCUGGGACUGUACCACGAUUUAUUGUCAACUCAUUCUUGCAUAGAGGCAACAUUUCCUACUGGGAAUGCUUUUUUCAGUGCUUUGUUUUCACUCUCUGUGCUUCUGCUGAGAUGUCCAUGCUCACAGUGAUGUCCUAUGACCGCUAUGUGGCCAUUUGCCUUCCACUGCACUAUGACACAGUAAUGAAUGUCAGAACCUGUGUCCACGGAGUCAUCGGAGUCUGGGUCAGUGGGACCAUUUCUGGAGUCAUGCAUACAGUAGCAACAUUUUCCAUCCAUUUCUGUGGACCCAGGGUCAUUCACCAAUUCUUCUGUGAUGUCCCCCAGAUCUUGAAACUCUCCUGCUCCAGUGAUUUUAUGAACGAGGUCAAUGUCACCAUUUUUACAACUUUGUUGGCAUUUCUUUGUUUUAUCUUUAUUGUAUUCUCCUACACAAACAUAUUUUCCUCUGUACUGAGGAUGCCAUCAGCAGAAGGCAGAGCCAAGGCCUUUUCCACUUGCCUCCCCCACCUCGCUGUUGUCAUAUUAUUUCUUUCUACAGGUGCCUUUGAGUAUUUCAAACCUCAUUCUGGAUCUCCAACUGCUUUUGACAUGUUUCUUACAAUGAUGUAUACAGUAUUUCCCCCAACUUUCAAUCCAAUGAUCUAUAGUCUGAGAAAUAAAGCCAUCAAGACAGCUGUAAAAAAAGUAAUUAAGAGAAAGAAAGCUCAUUGGGGCUAA